CAGGAAGUACAACCGUCCGCAAUCAUUGACAUGUGUCUACGGUUCGUUUGUCUGGGAUAUACUAAACAUGGCGCCGUUGCCAUGACCGUACGCAAAACAAGAUGUGUACUCUUAACGCAAUAAGAUGUACAGCGAAACUCCUCAUAGGUAUUGGAGUUCUUUAUCUGUUUGCCACAAUAAUAUACGCUGUGAUUCAGAUUGUGCAAAUUGAACAGUCAACAGACUUCGAUGUUUCUUCAUCGAAGGCACUAUGGAGCUACUGGUACUAUCUCUAUCCAAUUUUGAUUGGUUUUUGGGCCGAGAUUACAGCGAGUGUUGGUAUAUGUACAAGUAGAAAAACUUCACCAAGUACCUGUAAGACUUGCACCUUCUCGCAGUUUUCAAUUGCACUUGUAGGAUUUCUUGGCUAUCUUCUGUUCGACUUCACGUUUUACUUCUUGAAAAGCUUGUACAACAUAAAUAACGAUCUCUGUCAUCUACUGAACAAGAAAAUUACAACAAACUGUUUUGUGAAGAUAGUUCUUGAAGGCUGUAUUCUCUCUCUGGGUGCAAUCAUCGUUUUACUUUGCCUCUGGUKUAUGGUAUGUUGUUGUUCCUGGAUUUGUUGUGAUACACAUGAGCAAAGCCGUCAAAGAGUGGGCCCAGGGUUAGAACAGGGCAACGAGCAGAGGAUUCCAGCGAGAACACAUGGAGACCAGCCGAAUGUCGUACAGGCAAUAAACACAGAAAGCCCUCAAGCAAUCCCGACAGCACCUAUUUUGGAUGACAAUUACCCAUAUAACCCAAACUGGCCUCCUGUGUGSAAUGCCGCAAGACCGCAGACCUCUGGGAUUGCAGGCAACAACGACGACCUGCCGCCAUAUUCUGAAUUUCCUGAGUCUGGUCCAUCAGAUUCAAUUAUCAUUGAUAGAGAGACUAGUCAAGCGUAUUUUAUUCGUCCAGUUUAUCCGAGGCGUCUUCCUCCUAUAAACUCGUGAGACAAGGACAACCCUCUAUUCUGAUUGGUCGGCUCUCUUCAACCAAUCAGAAAAAAGAAAGGGGUACCAUGCCGUCAUAAGCAUUUCAACUUUCGGAAUAACAGCCCUCUUGCAAACAAACAGCCCUAGGUUCGAGUCCCAAGAUGUGGAAAUUAUCAAUUUGGAUUUUUUGGUUGUUUAUUCGAUGCUUUCUUCUCUAUUUACUUCUUUGAAAAACAUCCAGUUAAAAAACAAAAAACAAAUUCCAAUGCAAUGAAAAUAGCCACACCAGUCUUGUUGUUUUCUUCGCUUGUUAUGGAAUUCGAUUAUCAUAACAGCAAUGCGAAAAACAACAGCAAAUUCGGAAAGCUUUGACUAUUGAAACUAUAUUUCGGUAGAAGGAAGAAUAAGGUAACUCUAUUUUAAAACCCCAAAUUUUAUUGCCAACUUCAAGUAUUUAGUCGUCGAAUGAAACUGUAUUCAAAAAUAACUUUAAACUACGCGCAGCAAACGUCCUUUCGCAUGUAAUCAAAGCAUUGCCGCAAGCUUGAUGAUUGGUCAGAAUUCUAAUUCAGGUCAUGACCUUUUGCAAUUCCAGCAUAGUUUGGUCAGAAACUCACAAUAUUGACGUGAUGGUCGAACUAGAGAAUUCCGAUGUUACAUAUCCUGAACAGGUCAAGUGCUACUCAAAGA